AUGCGCGAAGAAACGAAGGAAAAAAUAACAAAAGCGAUCGAAAUCGCCAAAACAAUCGUACAUUGGGGUUUUAUUCCGUUCAUUUUGUAUCUUGGAUUUACUAGAAGUAAUCCAAAACCUUCUCUUAUCAG